ACUUAAUUUGCAUACAUGGAUCUUGUGGUAAACUAAGAAAAUAUAUGCUUGAAAGGUCAUGUGGUGGCUUCAUGGACGAUGAUUACAUGUCUCGUAUAAAUGUGAUAGUGUCUUUAUUACUUGUGGAAAAGAGGAUCUAUAAGAAGAUCCUCAAGGGGGCUAUAAUGAGAAUUCUUCUCGG